AUGAUGCGUACCGCAAAUUUCCUCCUCCUCGCCCUGUCGCUCCUCGCUGCCACGUGUCAAUGCCUCUCUGUCCGGCGUAACUUCUCCGGCUGGGCGGACGACAACGAUGACGACGAGAGUAGCGACAGCGCCGCCCGCCCGGCAGGGCUGAUGGCGACGGCGGAGGCGGUGGACGAAGAGGUGACGGCGACGGGCGGCAGGGUGCCGCGCCGCGCGCGGCUCAGCAAGAACAACCCGCAGGUUAAGGCGUACGCGCAGAUGCUGCAGACGCAGCAGGCGCAGAUCGCGUCGGAAGUGGGCGUGGCUUCGGACAAGAUGGCGUACAGCUACAAGUACUCGUCCAACGGCUUUUCGGCGGAGCUGACGGCGGAACAGCUGCGGCGGCUGAAGCGCCACCCCGCCGUGGCGUCCGUGCGCCCGAGCGCGCGCAAGCGCCUCUUCACGACCGAGUCGCCCACCUUCCUUGGGAUGAACAGCGCCGGGUCGCUCUGGCCCGCGAAUGGCGGGCAGGCGAAGGCGGGCGACGGUACGGUAAUUGCCAUCGUCGACACGGGGAUCUGGCCGGAACACCCGUCGUUUAGCGACACGGAGUUCUCCUCGUCGCGGCCUGCUGGGUGGUCGGGGAAGUGCGACACCACGAAGGAUUUUAAGUGCAAUAACAAGCUGAUCGGUGCGCGCGCGUUUUAUAAAGCGUAUAAAAGCGCCAACGGGCUGGAUCUCUCCGGGGAUUGGCUGUCUCCGCGCGACGCCAACGGCCACGGCACGUGGUGUGCGGGAGCGGCAGCGGGAAACAAGGGAGUGCCCAUGGCGGGCGGCAAGGCGAGCGGCAUGGCGCCAGCAGCGCGCCUCGUGGCAUACAAGGUCUUCUGGUCGUCCAGCGAUGGGAUGUGGGCGGAGGAGGCAGACAUCAUCGCAGCCGUAAAUCAGGGCGUGGCGGACGGCGUGGAUGUGAUCUCGCUCUCCCUGGGCGCCGUGAACCCCGAAGACACCUACUUUGAUGACAUCGCCUUCCUCAACGCUAACUUGCCUGGUGUGCCUCUCGUCACCUUGCUCUCCUCAUUCGCUCACCUGUGCCUCUCGCCACCUUGCUCUCUUCAUACGCUCGCCUGUGCCGCUUUCCCUGUGCCGCUUUCCCUUCCUUGCUCCCUUUCCUGCCCACCUUCCUGCUUCCCGCCUUGCUCCCUUUUUUCUCUCCUCUCUGCUCGGUGUCGCGCACUCUCCUCGCAUCUCGCCUGCUUCCACAUCGCACUCCUCAUCGUCAACGUGCUGCCGCUCCCUCGCCCGAUUGUCCCCCGCUGCUCGUUUUUCAACGUGGUGCUGCUCGCGGGGGUGGUCGUGACCUUUGCUGCGGGCAACGACGGUCCCCCCCAAGGAUACCGCUCGCUCGACAACUAUGCACCCUUCUACCUUACAGUGGGCGCCAGCACCAUCGCCCGAGGCGGCCUCACUCUUGCCAGCUCAGCGGGCGCAUCCAGGUCAGCAGCAGCAUCCACCAAUCUGACGUCAUCCUCCGCCACACCCUCCGCCAAGCCCUCAGCCGGCGAUUCCGCGCCCAACGUGGCCGAUUUCUCCUCCACGGGUCCCCUCAUCUUCCCAGACAUCGGCACCGGCGGUGGCCUGGCCACCGACUCAAUCUUAAAGCCCGACAUUGUCGGCCCGGGAGUGGACCUCUAUGCUGCUGCCCCGGGCACGCGCGUGGGCGACAAGGGCGGGUCGGCUCAGCUGUCCGGGACGUCCAUGGCGACGCCUCACCUGGCGGGGAUUGCUGCGCUGGUGAUGCAGAAGUACCCUUCUUGGAGCCCCGCGCAGGUCAUGUCUGCCAUCAUGACCACAGCUACAACCAAGGACGUCAACGGCGCUGCCAUCUCUAGUGCCGCCUCAGGGCAAGCCGCCACGCCAUGGGAUAUGGGCAACGGGCAUGUGUUCCCACCCAAGGUUCUCGACCCCGGGCUCACGUAUGACGCCCGGAAAAGCGCUUAUCUGAAUUUCCUGGCCGGGCUGGACAUGCAGAGGACCCGGUCAGAGUACCCGAAUGAGAAGCUCACCUCUGUGCCUCCCAGAGAGCUCAACCGCCCCACCAUCGCACUUGCCAGCCUCAAAGGCAAGAUAAAAGUCACACGCACUGUCACCUGUGUCGCUGACUCUGCCUCCACUUACACUGCCAAGAUUCAGAAGCCUAAUGGGGUGGAUGUUACUGUGAAGCCCAGCAGCUUUGCCAUCUCGCCUGGUCAGAAGGUCAGCUUUGUGGUGACCUUCAAGGUUACUAAAACCUCAAAAAACUUUCAGUAUGGGAGCCUCACUUGGGUGGACGAAAAGGGUCACUCUGUUCGGUCGGCGAUUGCUGUAAAGCCUGUCAGGAAGUGA